CCACUAGCACCUCACCACCUCGACAAUCAAGUUCCUCACUCUCCCCUAUCAAUUGAUCUUUUUUAAAUUUCUCUUUCUGUUUUGCAGUUGGAUAAUCGAAUCGAAUGAAAAGCCUCAACUAACGAUAAUGAAUUAUUUGUGAUGUGAAAAAAGUGUAGCAUUGAAUCCACUGACGACAUUUAAUUAGACUUCAAGUGGUAAUUCUGGUAUUGAUUGGAAUGAGGAGUGAUAUGAUGUCGGUGAAGACUCUGGGAUUUUCGGCGUUUUUAAUUGCCUCGAUGGUGGGUGUUGUUCAUCCUGCGGAUAACUUAACGGAGGCGAUGGUACACGUGCUACCUGCGUACGCUAUAGCAGAGAAAUCCGCCCUUCUGGCAGAGUCCAGCAAAUGCCGAGCGGAGCUGGAGAUGUUCCGGGAGGCUGUUGAUGCCCGGAAGUUGUGGAGUCUCAGAAUGUUAGAUUCAAGCGGAGUUCCAAGAUCAGGUUUCAUCUAUGGAAAUAAUUACUGGAUCGGCAGUAAAAGUCAGUGUUACGAUACAUUGAACCCUGAGCCCUUGUCUCUUCAUCCAAAAUGGCUGGCAAACAACACAUUGUAUCGAAAUCCGAAGGAAGAGUUGGCACCCUAUCAGCUGAAUUAUUUCGCUGCUCAUUUUCAGCACAAUAGUACGCUGCAGUACCAUCACAGAAUAGGAAACGAAAACAUUAUGACACUAGGAUUAUGUCUCCCUGCGACCUGUGGGACAGACGAGUUGGGGCUGAUUUUACAAAAACUAUUCGAUGAGCGGACUUUACCACUCGGGGAAUUAUACGGGAUGGACUUCAAACUGCUUCAUGUGAAGGAUCUGAAGAAUGACCUUCAGGAUCUCGUCAAUUGGAGGACAAUUAUCGUGAUAUCAAUGAUAUUAGCAACCCUAAUGAUAAUGACCAUUGGAACCUAUUAUGACGUCCAGAUGCAUAGGAGGAUUAUUGAGAAACAGCUGAGUUUGGAAACCGGUGAUUCCUCGAACAGUGCAGAUUCGCAAAAUUCAUCUUCACCCCCAAGUUCCCUGAGCACCGUUGGAAAAAUAAUCUUGUGCUUCUCGGUUUUCACAAACUCAAAAGAUCUGUUCAGAACUUCAUUGACUAAAGGGUCAGUAGCCUCACUCCAUGGGAUUCGAUUUUUGGGAAUGGUCUGGAUCAUCAUGCUCCACACAUCAUUAUUUGGACAAGAGUUUAUAGAUAAUAAAACGUGGUCGUUGAGAACAGGUAUGACUUUCGUAGCGCAGAUUCUCACCAACGGGGCUCUAGCUGUGGAUACAUAUUUUUUCCUGAGUGGCUUCUUAUUAUGCCACAUAUUCUUAAAAGUGGCGAGGUACAGUGAGGAUGCAAUGCUCCCUGAAGAGAAACCCCGAAAGAAAUUCGGUUUGGAAAAAUUCGCCCAAGCAAUCGUGGCGAGAUUCAUUAGAUUGACCCCUGCUUACAUGAUGGUCAUUGGCAUUGCCGAAAUGAAUGCUCACUUCUACAACCGCACAUCCACCUUUUACAUGAUAGAAAGACCUCAGGACACUUGUCCCAAAUACUGGUGGCGAAAUUUACUUUAUAUCAAUAAUUUUUAUAGUCGUGAAGAGCUGUGUUUAUCCUGGAGCUGGUACCUCUCGAAUGACACUCAAUAUUUCAUAUUUGGAAUGGCCCUCUUGUUAAUAUCAACGAGAUAUUUUCACACUGCGGUCGGAAUUUUCAUCGCAUCGCUGUUCGCAUCAUGUCUGAUUCCUGGAUACGUAGCUUAUAUUUACGAUUAUGUGCCCACACUUGAUGAGCUAUGGAAUACGUUUCAUAUUUUCUAUGCACCACCGUGGAUGCGAAUGGGUCCCUAUCUAGUAGGAAUGGCGACAGCUUACUUACUAUUCAAAUUGGAGAACAAAUUAAACGUCGGGAGGAAAACCCUAUGGUUCCUCUGGAUAUGCGGUGGCUCCUGCAAUUUCCUCGUUCUCUUCGGCAUGUAUAACAAAACAGUGCCCAUUGUUCCAGUGUCUAUCUACAUGGGCUUGAAUAGAACCGCCUGGGGGGUAGGUAUUGCCUGGAUCGUGAUCGCUUGUUCUACGAAUCAAGGAGGAAUCAUUAAUACAAUUUUGACGUUCAGAGGAUGGAUACCACUGAGUAAACUGACGUAUUGCGCUUAUCUCUUGAAUCCCUUCAUCAUAGAUUCAGUCUACCUCAGUAGUGAGGCAACAGUACACACAGAUUUGUUACUAAACGGAACUACCUCCUUCGGAUUUCUGCUGACAUCCUAUGCCGCCGCAUUUGUGAUGUAUUUAAUGUUCGAGGCGCCAUUCAUUCUACUGCUGAAACUCUAUUUCAACACUAAAAAGAGAUGAAAGCCAAAGUGGAUGAAGCGGA